AUGCUGGCGCCCCGGGGACCGAACACCGGCCCCCCACGACACCGACCUAAAUGCCCCCGGCCCCACAGAGCACCGAAACACGCCCCGCCCCCGGCACCAAGCCCCGGAGACCGGCAACAGCCAACAAGACCGCACCACCCAGGAAAAACACACAGGCGGCCACGCCCACAGCCAGGGCCUAGCGCAUCCGCCGCAAACCGGCCGCAGGCGCCGUGGAACCCCCCCAAAACGCCCCCCAGGCCAAAAGCGCGGCCCCACCCCACCAAGACAGACGCCAACACCGCGCAAGGCAACACACCGCGCACAGAAACAACCCAAGAGCAGAAAAGCCGCCCGGCGCCCGACCGCAAGAAGAGCAGACCGCAGCCGGCACAACCACCCCCACCUCAGCUGCCCGUGGGCAGGCCAAAGCCAGAGCCAAAGCCAGGCCAAAGCCAGAGCCAAAGCCAGAGCGAACCAUGCCGCUCCCCCACCAGACGAAGCAAGAGCAGCACAAUCGACCAGUGCACCGGCGAGCCCCGACGCCAGCCAGCGGAGGGAGAGCAGGACGGGGGGAAUGAGCUCCACACUUAG